AUGGCAUACUCUCAAUCGCAUCGUCUUGCACUACGCACACAUCCAGCGCUGUCGUCUGGCUCUCGCAUCGACCCUGCGAUUCUUCGCUUUCCCAUAGACCCAAGCAAGCUCAAUGCGCGAUUCGAAGCGUACAAACUCAUCCAAGAUGACGCGUCGUCUUGUGUAAAGUCGUACGCAUUGCCGAGUCGGCCACCACCACUUUGUGAGCUUUAUCAGCCACAAGGCGAAGGUGGCAGAGCCAAGUUCAAGGUUUCUGCGCUGGGGUAUAAGGAGACCAAGGAACGCUCGCUGUAUCAGGUCCUGGUUCCUGCUGUAGGGGAGAGGCGUGCUGACGAGCCGUGUGCGGCGUACAUCGACACGAAUGGAUUUUUGGUGGUCUUGACAUACAACGUGGCAGAUGACAGAGUUAUCGGUCAUCCAGUACAUCGUCUGCUAUCUGACCAGGAGUCGCUGCCGUCGUUGGCGUCGAUUUCCGCAACCGAAUGGCUGGUGUACAGCGCAGACGUCCUGGUGUUACUCAGAUUACAGAACGUCAACCUAGGAAACGAACACAGGUCGGCGAGGUGGAUCAGCGCGGAAGAGCGGCGAUGGAAGGUAGAGCGUCGAGGCACCAUCAAAGCGUCUCGAAGGAGCGAGAGUAAGAUCCAUGUGUUGAUACAGAGUACCAAGACCAUCACAGUGGACGCCGAGAGCGCAAACGAGGGAAUGCAGGGGUUGGGAUUUCAACCAAGCUCACAGAAAGCAGGAGCAUCCAAAACGGAACAAUCAGCUAGAAGCAGUACGGUGUUCGAUGUGCGACUAGUGGAGCUCGAUCUGGCCGACCCAGCCUCGACGGGAUCGGACAAAGAUGACGCUGAUGUGAUGAGCGAUGCCACACUGCUGUGGGAGGUUCGAGGCGAGGAGCCGUUGAUCAUGGCGAGCCUAGACGAGCAGCACACGCUCCUCGGCGCGGAAGCACGCUUCAUCAGCUUACGGGACACGACAAACCAGUCGAAAGACACAACAACGUCAUUCAAAGAUACUAGUACAAGCUCAGACACCAACCCGCCUUCUCCCGUAGUUGCAUCGAGACGACCAGCCCCCCACUUCUCGUGGGCACAGACAAGCGACACACUCACCCUCGCAUUUGCCCUACCAUCGUGGAUCACAACUUCGCACGUUCGAGCGCAUUUCUCUCUCUCGGCCCUCAGUCUGUCGUUCACGCAAGAUGCACUGACGCUGCUCAACACACCCUCAUCAUCAAGAAUCACCGAAAUCAACACGGACACAAGCCAAACUGCGACGGGUCAAGACGAUGAGCUUACACGGGCGGCACGGAUGAUCGCUUCCGGGCGAUACACCUCGCGAAGUACGUGGGGAGAGAUCGACCCUACAGGAAGCGUAUGGACGUUGGAGCGAGCCAAGCGCGUGAGCCUGUUGACGCUGCAUCUCGAGAAGAAGCAUCAAGGGACGCGGUGGAUGCAAGUAUUUGGCGAUCGCACUCGACACCGCGAGACGCACGCCGAGGCAGCAAGUCGGACACAACUCAGCUUUCAGCAAGCCAGAUCCACUGUCGAGCGCGCUGCCAAUGGCCAAUCGGGUAUCAAAGACGAUCAGCAACGACACGAAGCAAUCGACCAAGAGGACAACCAAGACGAUGUACCGGAGACGAUGGACCCUUCCGAGCUGCUCACGAUGCUAGAGGGCAUGGACAAGUAUACCGUUGACGAAGAGUCGACCCAAGGAUUUGGGAUGGAUCGUACAGGAUUCGAUGCCUCCGCUUCCGCUUUCACCACUAAUGGUGGUACAAGUCUCUCGCUCGACCAGCCGAGCUUGCUCAAAGACAGUCUCGAGGAAGAAGAUGCAAAUGUCGGGCGUCCUUUGGUCCUCACAACCAUCUCCACUGGCCAUGAUGAACACGUACGCAGCUCCAAGGAAUGUUGGACCGUACUAGCCACACCGCUACCUGGAUCGAACAAUGACGAUACGGUCGUGAUGAAACACGAGCUGGACGGAGCGAUUUUCAGCUUGUCCGAUGGAGCCUGGAUGCACACAUGCACUAUGCCAGCGCUGUCGUUUGUGCUCGCCUCGAAACGUGAUGCUCAGCGGAUCCACGUUUAUAAGCGUCGCCAAGGAUUUGCAGUACUGGCAUUUGAGAGUGCGCCUCGCGUUACAGGAGGCAGCCGGACAGAUUCAAGUGGGGGUGCAGGCAACUUGUUCGUGUAUUACUCGACGGCGGAACGCACUGCUCAGAGUGCUCCUUCGCGCGUUCUGCGUUUAGCAGGAGCGACAAGCGGAGACGAAGCCACCGGGGGAAAUAGUCAACGUGGUGCGAGCGGCCCGCUUCUCGGCGUAUGCAACGUUCGUCUGCCGAUGCAAGCCCAUGUCGAUCAUGAACGGUGGGAGGAUACGCUAGUGUGUCUGUGCGAGAAUCGGAUCCUCUUGCUCCGAGGUGUCUUGUAA